AUGACCCCAUUCGAGGCAUUGUAUGGAAUUCCCCCUCCCCAACUAGCCCUGGGACCCUACCUGCAAACCAGAGUGGCUGCAGUGGGGGACUAUGUCAAGGAAAGGCAGCAGAUAGACAACAUGUUGAAACAGAACUUGAGGGUAGCUCAGGAAAGGAUGAAGAAAUAUGCAGAUGAAAGGAGGAGUGAGAGAGAAUUCAGGGAAGGUGAUUGGGUGUAUCUGAGGUUACAACCAUAUAGGCAAAGCUCAGUUGCUCUAAGGGGAAAUACCAAGCUCACAGCCAAAUAUUUUGGUCCCUACAAGUUAGAGAAGAGGAUUGGGAAUGUAGCUUACAGAUUACAACUACCUACCACCUCUAGGGUGCAUCCUGUUUUCCAUGUAUCCCUACUCAAGAAAAAGGUGGGUGACAAGGCCACUCCUACCCUCCAGCUACCUGAAUUAGAUGAGAAGGGGCAUUGGAAGGUUGAGCCAGUGGCUGUGCUUGAUAGAAGGAUGGUGAAAAAGGGCAAUGCUGCUGCAGUACAGUGGUUAAUCCACUGGUGGGGUACAGAUCCUGCAAAAGCUACAUGGGAGGAGGCUGAAGGGAUUAAGAGAUAG